AUUCUCCUUUUCUUCCCGAGAAAGACACCUGAAGAUGCCUGAGCCCGCCAAGUCCGCUCCCGCCCCGAAGAAGGGCUCCAAGAAGGCCGUUACCAAGGCCCAGAAGAAAGACGGCAAGAAGCGCAAGCGCAGCCGCAAGGAGAGCUAUUCCGUGUACGUGUACAAGGUGCUGAAGCAAGUGCACCCGGAUACCGGCAUCUCUUCCAAGGCCAUGGGCAUCAUGAACUCGUUCGUGAACGACAUCUUCGAACGCAUCGCGGGCGAGGCGUCGCGCCUGGCGCAUUACAACAAGCGCUCGACCAUCACGUCCCGGGAGAUCCAGACGGCCGUGCGCCUGCUGCUGCCCGGGGAGCUGGCCAAGCACGCGGUGUCCGAGGGCACCAAGGCGGUCACCAAGUACACCAGCUCCAAGUGAGUUCCUCUACCUCACUCGUAACCCAAAGGCUCUUUUCAGAGCCACCUAA